UAUUAAUAUAUUUGUGGUCUCUUCUCCAAUACCACCACCACUACUCCUAGUUUCCGAUUCCCAUAUAUAUACACAAAACCUGAAUUCAUUAAGCUAAAUGGAUCAGAAGAAGCUGUGUAAUAGCUCCUUUGUACCAUCACUGCCACUUCUUGUUCUUCUUCUUCUUCUUUGUAUAUUGAUGACGAAUAAUCCGUCGUCGUUUGGUUUAGCUUCUAAAUCCAAUAACAACAACAACAACAACAAUAAUAAUAAUAGUGAUCUUCUUGCAAGCACGAUGUUCAGCUUCGGAGAUUCCAUUUUGGACGCCGGAAACAACCACUUCAACCAGAACUGCUCCGCUCAGGCGGAUUUCCCUCCUUACGGCUCCACUUUCUUCCAUCGCCCCACCGGCAGAUUCACCAAUGGCAGAACAGUUAUCGAUUUCAUUUCGGAAUAUAUUGGCAUCGAUUUCCAGAAACCAUUCCUUGAGGCACAGAUGGCGGUUUCCAAUGGGAGUUGGAAGGCUUAUCCCUCCAACGGCAUCAACUUUGCCAGCGCUGGCAGUGGUGUUUUGGAGGACACUAACAAGUACUUUGGAGUCACCCCACUCCAAGUUCAACUACAGCAAUUCAAAACGUUAUUGAGACAAAACCACACAGACGAAAAGAGCAUAAAAAAAUCCUUGUUCUUCAUGGAGUCAGGGUCUAACGACAUCUACGGCUACUUCCUCUCAAUCGACAACUCAUCACAGAAGCCAGAAGUGUACGUCCAAGCCAUGCUGACUGAGGUUAGUAAGUUCGUCGAAGAGCUUUACAAGCUCGGGGCUCGCCGGAUCGGACUGUUUUCGCUGGGGCCGGUCGGAUGUGUGCCGGCCCGAGUCCUCAUAGGUGGCCCCGCCCACAAAUGUUAUGGCAAGAUGAACAAAAUGGUGAAGGACUACAACAAAGGCUUGGAAAGUUUGGUCAAAGACAUCCCUGUCAAGUACUCAGGCAUGGUUGCUAUUUAUGGCUCAGUUUAUGAUGUCGUUCAGAGAUUUCGUACUGCUCCAUCGCGUUAUGGUUUUACAAAUGUGUCGGAAGCAUGUUGCGGCGGCGGAGUUCUAAGAGGGGAGGUUCAAUGUGGGAGAGAGGGAUACAAGAUGUGUGGAAAGGCAGAUGAGUAUUUGUUCUGGGAUUACUUCCAUCCAACUCAACACGCCUACAAAAUCAUCUCCAAGGCCUUAUGGACAGGCUCCACCGCCCGAAUCAGACCCGUCAAUAUUAAAACUCUAGCCUACAUGACCCUCUCUGCUCCACCUUCAAUUAAUUGAUAUAUAUAUAUAUAUGCAUGGUUAGCUACGGUAUAUAUUUUCAAAAUAAAAAAUCACAAACUCAAGCGUUACUCCUGUUUCCAUUCUCAGCAAAUUUUUCUUCUUUAAUUUGUUAUUUGAAAAAAAAAAAAAAAAAAAAAAAA